AUGGUCCUUCUGUUGAUCCUGUCAGUCCUGCUUUUGAAAGAAGAUGUCCGUGGGAGCGCACAGUCCAGUGAGAGGAGGGUGGUGGCUCACAUGCCUGGUGACAUCAUUAUCGGGGCUCUCUUUUCUGUCCACCACCAGCCCACUGUGGACAAAGUUCACGAGCGGAAGUGUGGGGCGGUUCGUGAACAGUAUGGCAUUCAGAGGGUGGAGGCCAUGCUGCACACCCUGGAAAGGAUCAACUCAGACCCCACGCUCUUGCCCAACGUCACCCUGGGCUGCGAGAUCAGGGACUCCUGCUGGCAUUCGGCCGUGGCCCUAGAGCAGAGCAUUGAGUUUAUAAGGGACUCCCUCAUUUCUUCAGAAGAAGAAGAAGGCUUGGUGCGCUGUGUGGACGGCUCUUCCUCUUCCUUCCGCUCCAAGAAGCCCAUAGUAGGCGUCAUCGGGCCUGGCUCCAGUUCUGUGGCCAUUCAGGUCCAGAACUUGCUCCAGCUUUUCAACAUACCUCAAAUUGCUUACUCGGCAACAAGCAUGGAUCUGAGCGACAAAACUCUGUUCAAGUACUUCAUGAGGGUCGUGCCUUCAGAUGCCCAGCAGGCACGGGCCAUGGUGGACAUAGUGAAGAGGUACAACUGGACCUAUGUGUCAGCGGUGCACACAGAAGGCAACUAUGGAGAAAGUGGGAUGGAAGCGUUCAAAGAUAUGUCAGCCAAGGAAGGGAUUUGCAUCGCUCACUCUUACAAAAUCUAUAGCAACGCGGGGGAGCAGAGCUUCGAUAAACUGCUGAAGAAGCUCAGGGGUCACCUGCCCAAGGCCCGGGUGGUGGCCUGCUUCUGCGAGGGCAUGACAGUGAGAGGUCUGCUGAUGGCCAUGAGGCGCCUGGGGCUGGCAGGAGAAUUUCUGCUUCUGGGCAGUGAUGGCUGGGCUGACAGGUAUGAUGUGACAGAUGGAUAUCAGCGAGAAGCUGUUGGUGGAAUCACAAUCAAGCUCCAAUCUCCUGAUGUCAAGUGGUUUGAUGAUUAUUAUCUGAAGCUCCGGCCGGAAACAAACCUCCGAAACCCCUGGUUUCAAGAAUUCUGGCAGCAUCGUUUUCAGUGCCGGCUGGAAGGGUUUGCACAGGAGAACAGCAAAUACAACAAGACUUGCAAUAGUUCUCUGACUCUGAGAACACAUCAUGUUCAAGACUCCAAAAUGGGAUUUGUGAUCAAUGCGAUCUAUUCCAUGGCCUAUGGGCUCCACAACAUGCAGAUGUCCCUCUGUCCAGGAUAUGCGGGCCUCUGUGAUGCCAUGAAGCCAAUCGAUGGACGGAAACUUUUGGACUCCCUGAUGAAAACCAAUUUUACUGGGGUUUCUGGAGACAUGAUCCUAUUUGAUGAGAAUGGAGACUCUCCAGGAAGGUAUGAAAUAAUGAAUUUCAAGGAAAUGGGAAAAGAUUAUUUUGAUUAUAUCAAUGUUGGAAGCUGGGACAACGGAGAAUUAAAAAUGGAUGAUGAUGAAGUAUGGUCCAAGAAAAGCCACAUCAUCAGAUCCGUGUGCAGUGAACCAUGUGAGAAAGGCCAGAUAAAGGUGAUCCGGAAGGGAGAAGUCAGCUGCUGUUGGACCUGCACACCUUGUAAAGAGAACGAGUAUGUCUUUGAUGAGUACACCUGCAAGGCAUGCCAGCUGGGGUCCUGGCCCACUGAUGACCUUACAGGUUGUGAUCUGAUCCCAGUACAGUAUCUUCGCUGGGGUGACCCUGAGCCCAUUGCAGCUGUGGUGUUUGCCUGCCUCGGCCUGCUAGCCACCCUGUUUGUCACCGCAGUCUUCAUCAUUUACCGUGAUACACCAGUAGUCAAGUCCUCCAGCAGGGAACUCUGCUACAUUAUCCUUGCUGGCAUCUGCCUGGGCUACUUAUGUACCUUCUGCCUCAUUGCAAAGCCCAAGCAGAUUUACUGCUACCUUCAGAGAAUAGGCAUCGGUCUCUCCCCAGCCAUGAGCUAUUCGGCCCUUGUAACCAAGACCAAUCGCAUUGCAAGGAUCCUGGCUGGCAGCAAGAAGAAGAUCUGUACCAAAAAGCCCAGAUUCAUGAGUGCCUGUGCCCAGCUAGUGAUUGCUUUCAUUCUCAUAUGCAUCCAGCUGGGCAUCAUCAUCGCCCUCUUCAUAAUGGAGCCUCCCGACAUAAUGCACGACUACCCAAGCAUUCGAGAAGUCUACCUGAUUUGUAACACCACCAACCUGGGAGUUGUCACUCCGCUUGGAUACAAUGGAUUGCUGAUUUUGAGCUGUACCUUCUAUGCUUUCAAGACCAGAAAUGUUCCAGCCAACUUCAACGAGGCCAAGUAUAUCGCCUUCACAAUGUACACCACCUGCAUUAUAUGGCUGGCCUUUGUGCCCAUCUACUUUGGCAGCAACUACAAAAUCAUCACCAUGUGUUUCUCCGUCAGCCUCAGCGCCACAGUGGCGCUCGGCUGCAUGUUUGUGCCGAAGGUAUACAUCAUCCUGGCCAAACCAGAGAGAAACGUGCGCAGCGCCUUCACCACGUCCACGGUGGUGCGCAUGCACGUGGGGGAUGGCAAGUCCUCCUCGGCAGCCAGCAGAUCCAGCAGCCUGGUCAACCUGUGGAAGAGGAGGGGCUCCUCUGGGGAAACCCUAAGGUACAAAGACAGGAGACUGGCCCAGCACAAGUCGGAAAUAGAGUGUUUCACCCCCAAAGGGAGUAUGGGGAAUGGUGGGAGAGCAACAAUGAGCAGCUCCAAUGGAAAAUCUGUCACGUGGGCGCAGAACGAGAAGAGUAGCCGGGGGCAGCACCUGUGGCAGCGGCUGUCCAUCCACAUCAACAAGAAAGAGAACCCCAACCAAACGGCCGUCAUCAAGCCCUUCCCCAAGAGCACUGAGAGCCGCGGCCUGUGCGCGGGCGGCGCGGGCGGUGCGGUCGGCGGCGCGGGCGCGGGCGGCGCAGGCGCGGUAGGCGGCGGGCCGGAGCCCCCGGACGCCGGCCCCAAGGCUUUGUACGACGUGGUGGAGGCCGAGGAGCACUUCCCCGCGCCGGCGCGGCCGCGCUCGCCGUCGCCCAUCAGCACGCUGAGCCAGCGCGCGGGCUCGGCCGGCCGCACGGACGACGACUUGCCGUCGCUGCACUCGGAGCCCGCGGCGCGCAGCAGCUCGUCUCAGGGCUCGCUCAUGGAGCAGAUCAGCAGCGUGGUGACCCGCUUCACGGCCAACAUCAGCGAGCUCAACUCCAUGAUGCUGUCCACCGCCGCUCCCGGCCCCGGCGCCGGCGCCCCGCUCUGCUCGUCCUACCUGAUCCCCAAAGAGAUCCAGCUGCCCACCACCAUGACCACGUUCGCCGAGAUCCAGCCACUGCCCGCCAUUGAGAUCACCGGCGGCGCGCAGCCCGCGGCCGCGGCCCCGCCGGCUGGGGGCGCUGCCCGGGAGCCCCCGGCGGCCGGCCCGGAGGCUGCGGCCGGCAAACCGGACCUGGAGGAGUUGGUGGCUCUCACCCCGCCGUCCCCCUUCAGAGACUCGGUGGACUCGGGGAGUACCACUCCCAACUCGCCAGUGUCCGAGUCGGCCCUCUGUAUCCCAUCGUCUCCCAAAUACGACACACUUAUCAUAAGAGAUUACACUCAGAGCUCCUCGUCCUUGUGA